AUGAUCUCGACCACCCUCAUGACUUUCUUACUAAUCACCAAGCCCGAGGUCCGCUCGGUCAAACUGCUCGGAUCAUGGGACAAUUUUUCUAAGAAAUAUGUCAUGGAGAGAGAUAGUCGAGUCGGCCCAGGCCACUGGCGAGGAUGCCAUACGUUCACCGACAUGUUAGGUGACGGGCCUGACAAGACCGAAUGGCGAACAGGAGGGUUGAAGAUGGGCAGUACUUACUGGUAUUAUUAUUUGCUGGAUGAUGAUAUUGAGUAUUUCAACGAGGCAGAGGCAAUUACUACAAUGUGCCCUUUACUUCCAGGGCAACCUGUGAAUAUAUUGAACGUGCCCAUCAUUUUGCCCGAUAGCCGGUCUCAUUCCCGCUCAGCGAGCGGCAGCUCUCAAACAUCGGAGCAUUUGCGAACCAUGAACCCAGAAGACAAAUUCAUGAACCCGCGAAAGCCACCACCUCAGCCUCAGUCCCAACCCCAGUCUCAACCGGUUCGUCUUCAGACAUCUGCGUCCGUUCGCCGCAUCCCAAGUCCGGGACAGUCUUCCAGCAAAUCUCCCAUUGCUGGAAUUCAUAGAAGCGCAUCCCAACCUUAUAGUGCAUCUCGGAAAGGCCAUAAGAAAGAUUCGCGCUCCAUGUCACCGCCCAGGGCUCGAGCUCUCAUGGCUGCUUUGAGACAGCCAACCGAGGCAGAUAGAAAGCUCGAAGCAGCCCCAUGGGCGAACGGCCCAAAGCGCUCACCACAGCGUUCACCACAGCAAGGAGAGUUCGUCGAGAAGCGCCGCGACGUCCCAGGAAUUACGGUCAACGCUGGAAUCGCCGUUCCAUCGUCCGCAGCCUCUCCCAACAAGCCCAGUCCGGCUAUUGGACCCUCAACUAUUCAAAGCCGCCGCGCAAUGAAAGGCCUUGGUGGAGAGACUGCGCCAGGACGUCUUCUUACAGUGCAGACACGGCCCGAACCUCGCCAACCCGGUCCCUCUCGAGGCCCCACGAAUGGCAAGCCCGCAGCUAUCGACGACACCCGUGCUGCGAGGGAGGCGUUGAGAAAACUUGCAAGUUCUAGCGACUUGCCGACGCCCACGGCUGCUUUCACUAGAGAGAAGAAGAAGGAGAAGAGGCUUCCAACUCUCCCUAACACGCCAUCUUCGGUCAUGGACGAAGCAGUUCGUGCUAUUGACGAGAGAGACAAAGAAAUGGAUGAUCAAAUCCCACGCAGCUAUUUCUCUGCAAUGACAACCUCGACAGACGACUCCACCCACUCUCGUGUGAUACCAGAACGCAGCCGUUUCUCCGAAUGGAGCACCGACACCGAAACCGAGUACAACCCCCGCGAAUCAACAAUGUCAAAUUCUACCUUUAACCAGCCGGACGACGAAUCUUCUUCCGAAAGAUGGAAGACCCCAGACCUAUCGCAGUCCGGCGAUGGCGCAACAAACACCGACCCCAACACUCCCCACUUGACUGUGCACUCCAAGCCAUCCUCCCCGAACUCCGCCUCCGGCGAAAUCCCCCUUGGAACGACUCCCUCCCUGAAGUCACCGUCUCCCUAUCCACCCCCGGCAUCGACCCAUCGGGCCUCGGUAUCGAAGGAAUGGACGAAGUAG